AAGAGCUCAGGCGCAUAAAUAGAAAGUGAGGACUCUGGGGAGCUGGUAGGGCGUCCCGCAUCCCUUGAGAAUGGUUGAAGUUCUUUGCUGGGGACUUGUUUUGAUGCCCUGAUGCCUAAGUGUUUUUGGAUGGCACCGUGUCUGAGGACUCCAGCUGUUCUUAUGAUAGACUAAGAAGAUUGCAUGCUGUUCCCUCUCUGCGCCAAGCCAGGCCCAUUCGGAACCUUGGCUCUCAGUCCUUCAUGGAGACCAGCUCCCAGCAGGAAAUUGGCACCCAGAUGGUUCUUCCAUGUGAAGUUGUCUCUGGCUGUGGGCUGACUAAAGCACAUGUGGUAGCCAGGCCAGCCCUUUGUCAAUCAUCCGGGUCGGGGCAGCAUGGUGCGGAUUCAGAGGAGGAAGCUUCUGGCGUCUUGCCUGUGUAUGACAGCUACUGUCUUUCUGAUGGUCACACUCCAGGUAGUGGUUGAGCUUGGGAAAUUUGAAAGGAAGAAGUUUCAAAACUCCAAUUUGCAAGAUGGACAUAAAGACGUGGAGGGAGAGCCUAAACACCUGAAUCCAUUUCCUGAAAAGGAAGCACUGGCCUUGCCUGGGAGGGACAAGGUGGAUGCUGGUAGCUACCCCAUCGUGCUGUGGUGGUCCCCACUGACUGGAGAGACUGGCAGGCUUGGCCAGUGUGGGGCAGAUGCUUGCUUCUUUACUAUCAACAGGACCUUCCAGCAUCAUCCGAUGACCAAGGCCUUCCUCUUCUAUGGUACUGACUUUAACAUAGACAGCUUACCUCUGCCUCGGAAAGCCCAUCAUGACUGGGCCCUUUUCCAUGAAGAGUCCCCCAAAAACAAUUACAAGCUCUUCCAUGAGCCAGUCAUCACCUUAUUCAACCAUACGGCCACGUUCAGCAGGCAUUCCGACUUGCCACUGACUACGCAGUACUUGGAAGGUGUGGAAGUCCUGAAGUCACUCAGAUACCUAGUUCCUUUACAGUCUAAAAACAACCUAAGACAAAAACUGGCCCCACUGGUGUAUGUACAGUCAGACUGUGAUCCACCCUCAGACAGGGACAGCUAUGUUCGGGAGCUGAUGGCUUACAUUGAGGUUGAUUCCUAUGGUGAAUGUUUACAAAACAGAGAUCUUCCCCAGCAGCUGAAAAACCCCGCCUCCAUGGAUGCGGAUGCCUUCUACAGGGUCAUUGCCCAGUAUAAGUUCAUCCUUGCCUUUGAGAAUGCAGUCUGUGACGAUUACAUCACAGAGAAGUUCUGGAGACCACUGAAGCUGGGGGUCGUGCCCGUGUAUUAUGGAUCUCCCACCAUCGCAGACUGGCUUCCAAGUGACAGAAGUGCCAUUCUUGUAUCGGAAUUUUCUCACCCCAGAGAACUGGCAAGCUUCAUUAGGAGACUGGAUUAUGAUGACGGGUUGUACGAGACCUAUGUGGAGUGGAAACUAAAGGGCGAGAUCUCUAACCAGCGACUUCUGACAGCUCUCCGGGAACGGGAGUGGGGCGUGCAGGACAUUAACCAGGACAACUACAUCGACACAUUCGAGUGUAUGGUGUGCCGCAGGGUGUGGGCAAACAGUAGGCUACAGGAGCAGGGCUUACCACCCAAACAAUGGAAGGCGGAUGUUCACCACCUGCAUUGCCCAGAGCCUACCUUGUUCGCCUUCUCAUCUCCAGCUUCUCCAGCCCUACGUGGGAGGUCGUUGCGAGAACUGUGGCUACCCAGCUUUCAACAGUCUAAGAAAGAAGCCCAGGCGCUGAGGUGGCUGGUCGAUAGGAAUCAAAAUUUUUCAUCUGAAGAGUUUUGGGCUCUAGUGUUUAAGGAUUGAUUUUAAAAAAGCACUAGACUGAUAGAAUAAGCGUAAUUCUCUUGGUGGCCUUAAUAUCUGGAGAUGGGUAUUCCAUUGCAUAUCCUUUAGGAUGGAAAGUAAUUGUAGCAAUUCUCACAAAGAGUCCUGGCAAGUAGUAGCUGUGAAUUUCUUCUGGGGGUUGCCUCUGUAUUUUUAUACUCAACAAACAGGAGACUUUUAAAAAUGGACAUUGGUUGCCUUCAGGCUAUGUAUUUGGACCCAGGUACUGGCUGUCUUCUGUGGAAACUGACCUAACUCCUGCGUUUUCCUUGCUAUACAUCUAGCUCUGAGUGCGUGAUACUCACCUCCCUGUCAGCAGCUCAUUGGUCCUUGGCAAGCCCAGUGUCUUGAGGCUGGGAAUGAAUGAACCACAUUAGAACUUGGCAGUGAGAGACUCCAUCUGUUGUUCUUGGGGAUGUGGGUGAGGAAGAAAAGGUCUGUCAAGUUCCUCUGCUCCUCCAGUCCAAAGGACUGGGACACGUGUGUGUCUUCAUUCCUCUCCACACCUGCAAGCCACAUUACUAGUCACUAGCCUCACUUAUAUUCGCCUCAGCCUCACCUGUGCCCUCCCCCUCCCCUCUGAAGGGGAAUUUUCUAUAAAGAUGUAACUUUUCUUGGUUUCUCCUUCAGUGAGAUGUCACUCAUUGUUUCUUAUACUACAGAGGCGGGAGAGGAAAAAAAUGGUCAGUUUCAUGGCAGACAGCCAUUUGUUUUGAUCAGGUUGUGGGAUGUGAAUGCCCGGGGCUCUCCUCUGGUUUGAAGCCGAUUGCUCUUAGGAUGAUGGAUACAGCCUGUCAUGGUAGCAGGCAGGCUGCUGAGGAACAUUUCCUAGGUUCCAAAGGCUGCUGGAAAAGCUGUAUCAUCUGGUUCCCUAUUGGAGCUCUCUGAAAACAAGGAGGAAUCACCACACUGGCUUUCAUUCCAGUAAGAUAGUAAGGAGACUUCUGGCCCACACCAAAGCCUUUUGACAAUGGGUGUGUUGGCUUCUCUGUUCUUUCUGUGGGAAGACAAGCCAUUGCUUUCCAGCUGUGGAGGCCAGCCUGUGAGAAAUGAGGACUGAAGGCAGCUCAUUCUUUAUGAGCAGUCGGGUCACCUUGCUGGUGGCAGGACCUGUCUGUGGAGAGUUUCUCCUCCAUCCCACAUCUAUCAUGGAAUAAAUGUGAUCGUAGGCAAAUCUCUCAACCUCCCUGGGCCUUGAAUUUGUAUCUUGAGAAGAAGUGGCUGAGCUCGCCUUUGAAUUGUAACUUCUAAAAUUACUCACCCAAGUUUAAGAUGGUUAACUUCAUAGGUGCUUUUUACUAAGGUGGGAAUAAACUGGUGUAGACGUGUGUUUUUCAAA